AUGGCACAUCAACUGUUCGCCGCGAAUGGUACCCGAAUACAAACAUACGGCACUAAGCGCCUUACGAUUGAUCUUGGUCUACGAAGAUCGUUCGUGUGGGUAUUUGUGAUUGCAGACGUGAAAUCACCGAUCAUCGGGGCCGAUUUUCUCAAACACUUCGGUCUGCUCGCGGAUCUUCGGAGAAACAAGCUGAUCGAUAAUACUACCCGCCUAGAAGUCAACAACAUCAAUGCAACAUCGGAGCCACUCAUCACGACAUUCAACGUAAAUUCACCAUUUGCUGAAAUCCUCGUCGAGUAUCAAGACAUCACCGUCUUGAAUAUGAAACACAAGCCAACCAAUGCCAGUACCGUGCACCAAAUCAUCACAACUGGCCCACCUGUGUUUUGCCGCCCUCGUCGACUACCUGUGGACAAGCUUAACGAAGCGAAAGCUGAGUUCCAGUUCCUAAUGGAGCAAGACAUUAGUCAACCGUCAAAAAGCUGUUGGGCGAGCCCGCUUCACCUCGUCAAAAAAUCGAAUGCUGUACCAGAUACCCGAUUUACACACAUCCACAUGGAUCUCAUCGGACCUCUGGCGCCGUCCGAAGGUAAUUUGUAUUGCCUCACUAUCAUCGAUAAAUUCACCCGAUGGCCGGAGGUAUUUCCCUUGCCGAACAUGACAGCACUCACUGUAGCUCGUGCGUUCAUCAACGGCUGGAUCGCACGCUUCGGUGUACCCACGAAUGUAACUACCGAUUGCGGCAGGCAGUUCGAAUCGGAACUCUUCAACACAUUGACACGUUUGCUAGGAAUCACACACUUGCGCACAACCCCUUAUCACCCACAAGCAAAUGGUCAGAUCGAGCGAACACACCGCCAGCUGAAAUCAUCCAUCAUGUGUCAUCAAAAUUCUCGGUGGACCGAAGUUCUGCCGAUCGUGCUGCUUGGGAUACGAUCGUCAUUAAAGGAAGAGCUAGAAGCAUCACCCGCUGAGCUCACUUAUGGUACAUCACUUCGGUUACCCGGUGAGUUUUUCAACUGUAGCGAGAGCAAAAAUCCAACACCAGAAUUCGUCACCGACCUGAAAGCUAGCAUGUCGAAGCUGAGACCUACAUCCACGAGCAACCACUCGAAGGACGCUGUCUUCGUUCAGAAGCACUUAUCUUCAUGCUGCCAUGUGUUCAUAAGGAGAGGAGCGAUCAAGCCACCUCUCUCUCAACCCUACGACGGCCCGUACCGUGUGAUCCGUCGCAAGGAAAAAGUGUACAUCAUGGACACGAUCAACCUAGCCAAGGUCAACAAUCCACUACCAGCGAAGCCACUACUUACCAAACACGCUCUGGACGCCAUGUCAGGAUCCCCCAAAGAUACUGGUAAAACUAAGGAGGAAGUAGUGUGGCGUAACGCACACCAAUCUAAAACCAUCUCUUGA